AUGGCUGCGCAAGCCUCAGCGCACCCCCCGCCCAUGUCGUCCGAGAGCGAAGCCAAGUGGUCGCACGAGUCUCAAUCUCCCUCCGCGUCGCUCGUUCCCGCGCUUCGCCACAAAGUCGACGAUGAUGCUCAAAACGGGGGUGGACAGCCAAUGCAGCGCGACUGGCGCUUUUGGUGCAUCAUCCUCUCCCUUGCGAUAUGUAUGGUCUUGACUGCAAUGGAAUUCAGCUCUGUCGCGACUGCCCUGCCGGUUAUCGCACAAGAGCUGGAAGGCACACAGUACAUCUGGGUCGGGUCUGCUUACAACCUCGGCUCAACAGUGCUCCUCCCGUUUUGCGGAGGGCUUGCUCAGGUGAGCGUGUUCAAUGUUACCUCGAGAUCAUUCGUGGCCAAAGAGAAUAAUCCCAUGCUGAUGGCUGCACGUGUUCUGCAGAUCUUUGGUCGCCGUGCUGUCAUGCUCCUCGGAAUAGCCAUUUUUUCCAUCGGCAGCGCGUUAUGCGGGGCAGCGACGAGCAUGAACUUCCUGAUUGGGGGCCGCACCGUUCAGGGUCUUGGCGCUGGCGCGAUCACAGCAUUGAUCCAGAUUAUCAUCGCAGAUUUAGUGCCACUAAAGGAUCGAGGUGCAUUCAAUGGCAUAAUCGCGCUACUUUCUCAAUUCAGUGCAUUCGCGAUUGGGAGUGGGACUGGACCUGUCGUUGGCGGUGCGCUUGCCCAACACGGUCAAUGGCGCUGGCUCUUCUACCUCAAUCUCCCCAUAUGCGCUGUCGCAGCAAUUCUUGUUGCCGUAUUCUUACGGCUCAAGACUCCAACCGUACCCUUCGGCGAAAAAAUGAGGAGGCUGGACUGGAUCGGCAAUGCCAUUAUUGUCUCUUCGACCACAUCCAUCGUCAUCGCUUUAACUUGGGCAGGCACGCAACAUCCUUGGUCGUCGCCCAAGGUUUUGGUCCCGCUGAUAGUCGGCUUCGCGGGACUCGCUGGUUUUCUGAUAUACGAGGCCAAUGUACCAGAAUAUCCCAUUGUCCCAAUUAGCUUGAUGAAAAGCCGCACCGCGCUUAGCGGAUAUACCCAGAACUUCUUCAAUGGCAUUGUUCUCUCCACCCUUGCUUAUUGGCUGCCGUCGUUCUUCCAGGCUUGCAAGGAUGCAUCACCCAUCGCGGCAGGCGUCGAUAUUUUUGGCGCUUCACAGACUAUUGCGCCGUCCUCGCUCGUCGCUGGCCUUAUAAUCCAGCGUUUUUCGCGGUAUCGCCAGCCGAUGUGGUUCGGCUGGAGCAUUGUCAUCUUGGGUGCCGCUCUCUACGGCCAGAUCAACGAAAACACCUCUCGGGCGACCAACUUUGGGGUCCAAGUCCUCUUAGGCGUGGGCAUUGGCAUCAACUAUGUUGCAGCCUACUUCCCAGUUCUCGCCCCCAUUCCGGUAACCCAAUCCGCACCCGCACUCGCCUUCUUUGUGUUCCUCCGCAACUUCGCGCUCAUCUGGGGCGUGACUAUCGGCGGCACUAUCGUCCAGAACCAAUUGGCUAGCCACCUCCCGCCGGACUUCCUCGCCCGGUUCCCCUCUUCCUCUGGCAGCCACGGCGCAGAGAUUGCAUUCGAGGUUAUCCCGCGGAUUCGCCAUCUGCCCCAGCCGUUGAAGGACCAAGUGCGCGCAGCGUUCGCGCAAGCUUUCCAGGUCGUCUGGAAUACCCUUGCGGGCCUCGGGGGCCUCGGACUCUUGGUGAGCUUCGCGAUGAAGGCGCUGCCACUGCAUACCCAAGUUGACGAGGCGUGGGGUCGGGAGACCGCCAAAUCUGGGGCAGCUGAUGUCGAGGCUGGGAGGGAAGAGCGCAAAGACCCGGUGCACGGGUAA